UUUUAUUGUUAUUUGCGGACUGUGAGUCCGCAGCGUGUGCUGCAGUUAUAAUAGUCAGCGACUCACAACGUGUUUAUUUUUCAAGAUGGCGUUGUAUGAAAGGGAACAGGCACGAUUGGCAGCACUAAUGGAAGAAUGUUUGCUGGAGGAUGACAAUGACGUGACCGCCAUACAUUAUGAUGAUGCAUCGGAUCCAGAUGAAGAAGAUAUCUUAGAAACAGAUGACCACAAUAGCGAUACCGAGCAAGAUAUUUCAGAUGACGACGUUGAUGAUAAUGAUGAUUCGGCCCUUUAUUUUCUUGGAAAAGAUAAUCAAUCGAAGUGGAACAAACAUUGUCCAAGAAAAAACGUGAGAACGAGAGCAGUAAACAAAAUUUCAGACAUGCCAGGCGCUAAACCCGCCAUGAAGGGUACGAAAUCUAUGUUAGAUAUUUGGCAGCAUUUUCUUGAUGCUGAUAUUCUCAGAGCCGUUGUUGCGUACACCAACAAACACAUUGAAAGUGUACGUGAUAACUACGCUAGGGAAAGAGACGCGAAACUUACAGAUAUUACGGAAAUUCAAGCACUAAUUGGUCUUCUAUAUUUGGCUGGCGCAUUAAAAUCGAAUCGCUUGAAUGUUGAAGAUUUAUGGAAUAACCAAGGAACGGGUAUAGAAAUUUUUCGUCUGGUAAUGGGGAAAAAUAGGUUCCUAUUUUUAUUACAAAAUCUAAGAUUUGAUGAUAUGGAGACUCGCGAUGAACGAAAAAGGGUGGACAAACUUGCGCCGAUCAGGGACUUUUUUGAUACGUUUGUAAGCAAAUGCAAACUCGCCUAUUCGCCAUUUGAAAACAUCACCAUCGACGAAAAGCUAGAGGCUUUUAGGGGUAGGUGUGCUUUUAGGCAGUAUAUCCCCAGCAAGCCUAAUAAAUAUGGGAUCAAGAUAUUUGCACUUGCUGACUCAAAAACAUAUUACACGGUAAAUAUGGAAGUGUACCUGGGAAAACAACCGGAUGGCCCGUACGCUACACACAACUCCGCAUCGGAAGUUGUUAGAAGACUGUGUGAGCCCAUUAGAGGAUCCUGUAGGAAUGUAACAUGUGACAACUGGUUCACUGGAGUCGAUUUAAUCCACCGCCUUCUCAAUGAGUAUAAGCUUACUUUCUUAGGAACUAUACGUAAAAAUAAGCGGGAACUCCCAAUCGAGUUUUCUAAGCCUACUGGCAGACCAAUUGGUUCCAGCAUAUUUGGAUUCCAAAAGGAUCUUACGCUGGUAUCAUACAUGCCAAAACCUAAGAAAAAUGUGUUGUUGAUAUCCAGUUUACAUCAUGAUGAUAUAGUAAGUCCAAGUGGGAAACCGGAGAUGAUUUUAGAUUAUAAUGCCAGUAAAGGCGGCGUUGAUACUGUGGACAAACUAUGUGCGUCUUAUAAUUGUGCUCGAAACACUCGAAGGUGGCCCAUGGUAAUUUUUUACGCCAUUUUGAAUGUAGCUGGUAUUAAUUCAAUGGUUCUGUACUUCUCAAAUAAUAUUGACAUUCAAAUGACCAGGAGAAAAUUUCUUAAAACACUAUCAUUCUUUCUUAUCGAAAACCACCUAAGAACAAGACUGCAAACCCAAAAUUUACCAAGGACUAUGAAAGACCGAAUAAAGGAGCUUACAGGAGUACCUGCACCAAAUCAAGAACCUCCAGUCGCUACACGAGGACGUUGCAGUUACUGUGACAGGAGAAAGAAUCGGCCAACAAGAAUAACUUGCAAAAAAUGUUUUAAAUUCAUCUGUGGUGAACACACUUUACACCUUUGUCUUGAUUGUUUUUCAGAACACAUUGAGCAUGCAUAGACACCAUUUUAUUUUUUACCAUACCUUUUUGUAAUGUUUCUUGUAUGUAUAAUACAAUUUUUUUAUAGUACAUUAGUAGCAAAUAAACAUCAUUUCUUCAAUAAACGUUUGUUAGAUUUUACAUACACAUCAAUUAAACUACUGCGGAGCGUCAGUCAGCAGCGGGUAUGCAUGUUCCAAAAUAAAGCGCGUGUUCAGGAAGGUUAAACAGCUGUCAGCUAAAGGUACCCAUUGGAAC